UCAAACAAGAUAGCAGAUCUUAUCUUGGUUGUCUUGUUUAUUCUAAUCUAUGAAGGUUAGAUAGUUUAAUAGCGAUUGUUUUCGCCAGUAGAGGGUGUUCGUGCAACCGAAGCAAUGACACACGAGUCCUGGAGAAGAAGAGCGAGGGAAGGGAACAUAAACAUAUGAAGUGGAACACAGCCGUUCAUUCUAUUAUAUUAAUUUCUGCUGUUUUUCAGACUGAGAAGAAGAAUCAAGCAGGAGGAAUUACUCCAGGAGAAACUGCUGACAUACUAUUGUAAAGAUGGAGUUUAAAGAAGAACCCUGCAGAAUAAAAGAUGAAGAUACAGAGGAACUAAUAGACCCGUUGGAAGUGAAUGAAGACAAACCUCAUAAUUUCACAAAUGAAGAUGGAAAACUGACAUAUAAAAAUGAAGAAAAACAACAUCUAUUUCAAAACACUCAUUUAAAAAAUGAAGAUGGAAAUGCAGCCGUUUCAAAGAAGGAAGAGAAUUUCACACAAAAACAAGCUGGAAAAUCUGGAGUCAAAGGAUCUUUCACCUGCUCUGAGUGUGGAAAGAGUUUCACACAGAAAUCAAACCUGAAGAGACACAUGAGAAUUCACACUGAAGAAAGACCGUUCACAUGCUCUCAGUGUGGAAAGAGUUUCCUUCAUAAAAGACAUCUAAAUGACCACAUGAGAAUUCACACUGGAGAAAAACCGUUCACAUGCACUCAGUGUGGAAAGAGUUUCAUUCAGAAAGAACACCUAAAUGAGCACAUGAGAAUUCACACUGGAGAAAAUCUGUUCACAUGCACUCAAUGUGGAAAAAGUUUUAUUAAGAAAGGAGCCUUAAAAGAACACAUGAGAAUUCACACUGGAGAAAAACCGUUCAUAUGCACUCAGUGUGGAAAACGUUUCACUUACAAAAGCGCUCUCACUUCUCAUCUGCGCUCUCACUCUGGAUUGAGAUCAUUCAGCUGUGAUCAGUGUGACAAAACAUUCAUUGCGGCAUCAAGCUUAAAAAUACAUCUUAAAAUUCAUACUGGUGUAAAGCCUCAUUUUUGUUCUUUUUGUGGGAAGGGUUUUUCAGUACGGCACACAUUAAAACUGCAUGAGCGUGUUCAUACUGGUGUGAGACCUCAUGUGUGCUCUGACUGUGGGAAGACCUACACUACAUUGGGUGCCUUAAAAAUACACCAGAGAGUUCAUACUGGAGAGAAACCGUUUAAGUGCUCACACUGUGGAAAGAGUUUUGCUCGGGCAGAUUACUUAAAACACCAUGAGAGAAUUCAUACUGGAGAGAAACUGUACCAGUGCUUACACUGUGGAAAGAAAUUCACUUAUUCAAAAUCCUUGAAAGAUCAUGGGAGAGUUCAUACUGGAGAGAAGCCGCAUCAGUGCUCUUUAUGUGGGAAGAAUUUCACCCAAACAUCUAGUCUACACACUCAUAAGAAAAAAUGUUGUCUGAAGUUGCCUCAAUGAGCAAAAAUCAGAUCCAUCACUGGCAAAAAUAAAUAAAUAUAUAUAUAUAUAUAUAUAUAUAUGCUUGCAAGUAAAUAAUUUGACAUUCAGAUUAAGCAAAAGCUGGAUAAUUAGUAAUGAGGUUUGAUUGUUUGACAAGAGGAACCUUUGGAAAGGUCAAAAUAAUAGUUUAGAAAACUAGUGUAGCGACUUGUGAAGGGAUGUGUUUUGUUUCUUAUAAUUAUUUUCAUUAAUUGUGCAUAUAAUGCAUUUGUAUAAUACAUAUUUAAAAACAACUUGUUUUAGCUGUUUAGACAUGAUGCAUUAAUAUAUUUAAGAUUUUUUUCUUUCAUUGAAAUUAAAUUUGAUUAAAGAUUAAGAUUAGAAUCGCAGACAAACAGCAAAUGGUUAACAGCUUUAAUAGUCAUUUUAUUGCAUCUGGGCCUACAUUCCAAAUAAAUAAUUAUAAUCAUUUAAAUUCAGAAUUUCUGGGUGCAGAAUGCCAUCUAUGGACUAGAGAGUUAGCUCUAAAAGAUGUAAAUGUGAAUAAAUCUUCAGGUCCUGACCAUGUUGCUUCUCUGUUCUUAAAAAUAGCAUCUGAUAUUAUGUCACCUCUGUUUACAUAUUUGUUUAAUCUCUCCUUUAAUCCAAAAAAAUGAUAAUUCUGUCAUUAUUUACUUCAUUUACAAUAUUAUAUCUAAAGUAUUAUUAUGACAGUGAGUGGGUCCUGACACAUUGUCUAACUCCAGUAGAUUAUAGAGCAGGGGUGUCCAAACCCAGUCCUGGAGGGCCAAAGUCCUGCAGAAUUUAGCCCAACCCCAAUUGACCCUUCGCAAAGACCCGCUCCCCUUAGUUACUGUUGCUUUGUCCAACAAGCCAUGGCUCUGUCUCAGAGUGAAAAAUACAUCACGGAGCAAAGAGGACACUGACAACACGUCGACAGACAAGACAGAGCAGGUUACUUAUGGCAUUAAACAA